AUGAAAUUUGGACGUGAUUUUGCCGAAUCCGUGGUCUUCCGAAAGUGCCGUUGGGUGGAUAACAGGUGUAUUCUGUGCUCCUCCAGCACUACCGGCAAGAAGCAGAAAUUCGAAAAGGGGAAAUAUUUGCUUCGGGACUAUGCGCCACACGGACGCAGUAUUUCUAUAAAAAACGAUCCAGCCAAGGUUCAGGACGCUGCCACUGUUGCACUUCAGCUGCGUGCAAAGGGUUUCGUAGCCUAUUCAACGGAUAAUCGAAUCCUGAUCGGCCCUGCAAUGAUGCUCGAUUCUAUCAUUAAACAGAUCCCGCCAUACGUCCCAUGCUGA